ACUCCCGAACUUAGUUUUGUUUUUUUAACUUUUUUUCAAAAUGCCAACCAAACAAACAAUGAAAACAAUGGAGAAACAGGGGUUUGUCAGUGAGAAAAACACAACAACAACAGUUUAUCGGUUUGAUGAAAACCGAAAAUUAAAUGGCUUCAAAAGAGUUCUGGUAUUUUUCAUACUCAUUGUAAUUGUGCCGUUCACCUUGAUCAUGAUACCCCUGCAUCUGAAGAGACGUGUCUUUGCCGACGUCACAUAUCCGGUGGCCGAAUCGGAUAUUAUUGAAAUACGUGAUGGAAUCUCAUCGAUAUUUUGCAAACAGCAUUCCCUGAAAAUGGCCACCCAAUUCAAUGCCUUCCAGCUGCGUAGCAAACCGGAAAUAUCAACAAAUCACAAGCAUAUUCGACUAAAAAAAUCCAUGACCCUGCCGGAUGAUACUUUCGAAUAUUGGGGAUUUUAUUUGUUGAAAGGUGCGAGAGUGUUGCUCAAGUUUUGUUCUCGCUAUGAGGGGGCUCGAAUGUUGGUUGUCAAGGGUGCGAGAGAGUUGGAUACCUGUGGUCUGCUCGAUCACAAUCGAAAUAAGUAUGGAGCCAAUUAUCCUCAGGAUCAUGAGCAAGUAAGGGUGUUCUUUGAGGAUAUGAAAGAAAUUGCCGUGCAGGAAUCCCCCACAGAUUUAAAUGGCAGUGCCCCAUACGAGCCAAUUUCAGAGAAACAAAUGGAAUUGGAAAAUAGGGGAGGGGAAAAUCUAUUUGAGGACUAUGAUUAUGAUGCGGACAUGGAUAGCUGGAAAACCACGGCAAAACCAACACCAGCUCCCACUAGGAUUCCUAGGAAGAAACUGAAAAAUGGCUCACCCAAAUUCUCAAAACAAAAAUCCAGGGGUGACAAGCCCCCAAAAAGAGCACGGCAAAGUUCUCCCGAUCAUAGCCCAGAAUCAGACCGGGAAAAAGAAACCCAAAAACAACAACUCUAUAAUAAAUUAUACAAAAAUCGGCGCCACAAGCGUGAUCAAAUCUACGAUCGGAAGUAUACGCAUGGCGGUAAUGCCAUGAAUUUCACCCAAACCGAUGAAUCCAAUUCGGUGUCGAGUUUUGAGACUGGCCUGCUGGAAUGUUUCAAAACAAAUAAACUGUCCUUUGGUGAUUUCCCGCCCAUUGCCGAGUGUACAAAUCCUCACUUCCUGGAGAAUGGGUCACAUCGCAUGCUGUCGAUCCAUGAAAUCGAUGCGGAUGGUUAUUAUUAUUACAUUUUCUACAGUGACAACGAUUUGGUUCGCAACGACAUUCAUGCCAUUUUCGAUAUUUACAAGCCCACAUUUCUCUAUUCCAAUCUGAGUGAUUCUCAGGCCUGCAUCAAUGCCACCAGUUGCAGUUUUCCCAUACGUUUCCUAUCGCAUGAAAUUGUUGUCGUCGAAGUACCCACACGCGAUGGCAUCGAACACGAAGACGAUGAUAUUACCAAUUUGAUCUCAACCUGUCAUCCGCGUACUGAAAUCUAUAUAAUAUUUCCGAUUUUAGUUUUAAUAAUUAUUCUGCUAAGUUCGUAUUUGUAAAGAAAUUUAGUUAUAGGAAA